UCGGUCCAGCAGUUCGUGUUCUGCACACGCAACGUAGCUGCGGUGUGCCGUUCAGUCACGAUGAAACCGUCCAAAAUGAUCGGCGGCGACUAUUCACUGGAGCUGAAUAACAUAUACCACACGGGCCAGGUGGAGCCGGCCUCGUGCUUCCAAAAGCUCUUCGGAUCGGUCCAGACCGGACUCAUACUCAAGGACAUCACGCUGGAAGUUCGGGCCGGCGAGGUGAUGGCCAUCCUGGGAUCGAAAGGUAGCGGUAAAAGAGCACUUUUAGAAGUUAUUGCCAGACGGAGUAAGGGACUUUCUCGUGGACAGAUCCUUUUAGAUGGCCGACCUCUUACACAAGCGAUGUUUAACCAAUGCUGCGCUUAUGUCGGUCACCGAGCGGACCUUGUUCCAUCAUUAUCUGUUCAGCAAACACUACACUACGCAGCUAACUUGUCUAUAGGCUCACAAAUCAGUGGCUAUGUUAAAGAUUCUAGGGUCAGACAAGUGUUAGCUGACUUGGCUCUUAGUCAAGUGGCCAGACAUAGUGUAGAAGCGUUGACCGAAGGCGAGUACAGAAGACUAGUGAUCGGAACUCAAUUAGUUAAAGAUCCAGUAUUACUACUAUUGGACGAACCAACUGCCGGAUUAGAUCCACUGACCACUUAUUUAGUAGUAUCUAUGGUCAGUAGCCACGCUAAACGCAGAGGUCGAGCUGUGAUACUCACUAUGGAAAAACCACGUUCAGAUGUUUUUCCAUUUCUUGAACGUGUUGCUUACUUGUGUUUGGGGGACUUGGUAUACGCAGGUCCGACUAGAAUGAUGUUGGACUAUUUCCGAGCAGUUGGAUUUCCGUGUCCAGAAAUGGAAAAUCCUCUCAUGUAUUAUCUGUGUUUGUCUACGGUCGAUCGGCGGUCACGCGAAAGAUUCGUCGAGUCCAAUGCACAAAUCGUGGCUCUGGUGGAAAAGUUCAAAAUGGAAGGGGCGCCCUACAGAAAAUCUUCAGCAAUGUCCGUGCUUCUCGGGUCACCGACUGGCGACCACCAGUCCAAUUCGCAUCCAUACCCGUACUCUGCCCAAGAGUCUUCGAUCACACAAAUUGGCAUGACUCUAUACCAACGUCAAUUCGCGUCCACUUUCGGAUGUUCCUGGCAAGCUCUUUUCUAUCUCACUGCACGACUCAUUGCUCUGCCCGUCGCAUUCUUGUUGAUCUGGAUGUUUUAUCGCGACAUCAAGGACUAUCAGACGACGUUCAUAUCCCGGAGUGGUCUGCUGUUGACGUGCAUAACUACGACGUAUUUGACAUCGAUAUUCACCACGGUAUACACGUUCGCUCCGCACAGGACUAGAUACUACCAGGAAAACCAAGACGGCACGUACAACGGACCACUUUUCCUCAUAAGUUACUUUACUUUCUCGCUGCCGCUCGCUUUUCUCACCGUGGCCGGAUCGUCGGCAAUACUGUAUCAGUUGAUGAAGUUUAACAGCUGGACGGAGCUGAGUUUGUUUGCUGCCGUGCUGCUAAGCUGCUACUUAUUCGCCGAACAACUGGUCGUCGCGGUGAUGGCCAUCUCGAAGAACAUGUACAACACCAGUGUGUUUUGCAUUUACGUCGUCAGCGUGAUGAUCGUAUUGGGUAGCGGAAUGUUGAGAUCGUACCGUGGCAUGUCGGACUGGUUGUCUUGGAUCACGUAUGCCACGCAGACCAGGUACGCGGGCGCUUACCUGACGGCCCAGGCGUUCGACGGUCGCCGGCAGUACGUGGGGCUGCCGCAGAGCCCCCGGCAGAACUGCACCAUACCCGCGGCGGACGCGUUCGUGUGCCGGUACCCGGACGGCGACUCGUACGUGAACGAGAGGUACCCGCCGUCGGUGGCCGACCCGCAGAUCAACCUGGUGGCCAGUUUCGUGUUUCCGGUGGCCGCGAUGGUGUUCAACGUGCUGCUGUACGUGGCCCCGCUGCCGUCCUACAUCAAGGCCAAGUUCAGGGAGUAAAGUUGUACGCUUGCAACACCAGCGGCGAGGCGUCACGAAGGGUCCAUGUAGCGGAGGCGUUUCGAUAUUCCUUAGGUUUCGUCGGAACCACGUUCCAAUGUCCACGCGAAAACGUUUUCGAAAAAUAAUAAUAACAAUAACAAUAAUUAUAUAUUACAAACCCCGCGAAACGAUAACGUUUUUAACAGAUCCACGAUGGAAAGAACCAGAUAAAUCGUACUUUAAGUAAUAACUGACUACUACUAAGUGUUCAUCAUUAUUUUGUUACGGUUUCCCGUUUUGAGUACAUUAUAUAUAAACGAGUAAAUUUAUUCAGAAGUUUCAACAAGAACCUACCUCAGAUUUUCACCGUUUCCUCCGCAUCUCUUCUACGCAUACAAUGUACAUAAUAUAUUCACAUCCGAUAAUAUCAUUGAUCUCAGAAAAAGAAAACGUUUACAUCAUAAUGUGUUCGAUCAAUACUAGAAUACAUUUCCUGAAGUACCACAACUGUGGUGCUCAUUGAAGUAUUGGUACGAAAAUAUUUAAAUUAAACCAUACACUGCGCUCAAGAUGUUCAUAUGAACGAGACUUAUUACGUAAACCGUUUAACUGAAAUGUAAUUUAUUUGAUACAGAUGAUUUUAUAUUUUAUGUUUAUUAUUGAUUCUGUUACAUUCUUUACAGAAUUGAUCCUGUUUUGUUACAUUUGUGCUUGUUAGGCAAUUAAAUACAACUAUUUAUACAUUAUUUAA